CUACGGGGGUGGUUUUUCGCGUUGGCACACCCGGGCGGUUAGCUGGGCGGUGUCUGCAGCCUUCACUUUCCUUCUAAAAAUCGAAGGCUACGGAGCUGGUAGCCGCCUUUUUUCCUCUUUUUCUCCCUGUCGCUAUCUUUUCCCCCCUUUGUCACACUUUCCCUCCUUUUCCGUUCUUAACGCCAUCGCGUCUGUCUUCCGUCCACGGACCGCCGUGCAGUCUCGCGUUUGUCAUUCUCCUAUUCUCCUCCUCCUCCUCUUUCUAUCUUUGUCUUUCUCUUUCUCGCACGCACACAGAACAGGCCGUUCUUCUUUUCUCCUGCGGUAGAGCGCAGUGACACGUGUCACACGGGGAACGGCGGCUACGAAGCAGACACCCCCGUGGGUGCACGUGCAGCCUCGCGGUACACGCGCCAAAACAAGAAAAAAGUGAAAGUGCUUCGAAAGAGCAACGUCGCCUGUAACUAUCGAUGAUGUUUCUAGUACAGCCAGUGCUCACGAUGACGUGCCAGUGGUUGUCGGUUUUCAGACUCGAAACGUUGGUUCGCGCUACAAUGGACUGAUCGACGAGUCGACCGAGAGAGAUAGAUAGAUAGAUAGAUAGAUAGAUAGAUAGAGAGAGAGAGAGAGUUGGUGUGAUAUCCGACUCUCGUGGCACUAUCCAUUAUAGGAUCGCAGGAAGUCGAAGAGCGAAUCGUAGCAGGAAGUUGUUUGAUUCCGCUGCGCCAGUAAAAUUUCCCGGUCACGUGAUCGUCGUGAGGGGUUGCGAAAGAAGGGGAGAGCGGAGCGUGCCGUAGUCGGCGAUACUCCGAGGUGACGAGGGGUGCCUCGUGCAACUACCUCUGUCUCUGUUGGUUGUCUGUCUGGUGGAGAUAGUCGGUGCGUGGUGAUCGACGAGGGAGAAUUGAAAUUGAUGUGCUGGAAGCCGCGUGCUUGGUCAGUUGAACGCGAUGUUCGGUCGAGUGCACAGGGAUCGGUUGUUUUUGACGCGGAGAUAAAAAUGAACGAAAGAAGAGUCUACGAAAAGGGAAGGUCCCUUUAGGAAAGUCUAUCUCUGAGAGAUCGCCGCAAAAUGGACAUGACAAUCGAUGUGUCAAGAUCAGCCAGUCAAGAAGAUUAUCUUGUUUCGAGCAAUCCGAUGAGAUUUUCCAUUCCGAUGAACACCUUCGGUCGUUUCUACGGACGCGUACAGUGCCGUUAAUCGAUCUGUCGCUAUUGUUCGUGCAACUAUGAGAGUCAAGUGCGAAACUCGCCAGUGUUUACGAAGACUCGACCGAUGAGUGGACAGCGUGGACGUUACAAUCGUCGUUCAGGAUGGCCUGAUUUCCUUCCGGGAAUAGGGUGGAUCGACUACCAAAGCGUCGAACCUUGACACUCGCCGGGCGAACGAAUGAGAAUUGGGUUUCUCGAUUACUCGACGGGAAUCGUCCCCGGAUAUCACUGCCAGAGAAACAGAGAUUUAUUUAGUGUUUGUGUGGGUUAUGUCGUACGAAUUUUAUGGACGACCCGCUUGCAAGGAACAAGAGGUAUUUUCAUCGUGUAAGGGGUAUGACCAUUCCUGCAUUGAUCUCUACAACAUGUUUCUAGUCGACGAUCGUACGUCACAGUGUCUUCCGAAAUAUUAGUUAUCUCGUCCGUACGAAGGCAAGCGCAAUCCGUUUGCCACUCCCGAGUUCCUCUUGUUAUCUCGAAUAAUAAUCGCCAGCGUGAAAUCAAAUUUCGUCUUCCUUCAUCGAAAUAUAUUAACAAGUUGUCGCUUAGAUAGCAAUCUACUACGGUGUAUAGUUGUUAAAAAUUUUCAUGUAAUACACUGACGAAGCUCUGGAAGCAUCGUCGACAAUCUUGGAGCUAUCAGUGUUCAGACGAUCGGAUAUCGAAGAAUGACGCACGAGAAACAACGCAAAUCGAAUCUGAUCAGUUACGUGUACUAGAAGAUACCAAUUUCACUGCAAUAUGUCUCAUCUUCCGUGAACGAUGGCAAGAGCACGGAACAAAUUUUUUACAAAUUUCAAAAAUUGUCGAAACGACACGAUUGUCGGUAUAGUGAUUCAGUAGUUAGUAAUUUAAUUGCUAGCAAUUUUAUCUUCGACGUUAAAGUAAGAUUUGAAGAAAAGAAAAAGAAGAUUCCUCUGUGUGUGGAAGGUGAAUAUUUUCCAAAAUCAUCGACGAAUCACGGAAUUACUUUCCUCGACAAUUUCAUCGAUCAAACGAACUCAAACUUCGUGUGCAUCGACUGGAUCGUCAAGAUACGUAACUUCGCUUUCCAAUGCCAUCGAUUAGAAAUAAUUUUUACGUGUAAUCGACCUUGAAGCAGGAGAAUCGUGGAGCAGACGAAAAAUACAAAGUCGAGGAAGGAAGACGAGGAGGAAAGAUGCGAGUCGAACUCCUUCUGAUCCUCGGUACGUUCGUGUUCUCCGGCGAUUGCGGCCGGAGGGUAACGAUCAGCGAGUCCGGAGUUCCCGAAUCAUCCAGACGGCGCAAUGGAUCGUUACCGAAAAUGUCGAUCGGAUUAGUGGUGCCGCACACUAAUUUCGGUGUGCGCGAGUACACGAAGGCCGUGAACCGCACGGUUGGCUUCCUGCGCAAAGGCGGCAAGCUGAGGGGACAGAACAAGCAUUCUGGAUCCAGCUUCCUGGAUAAGUAUGACUUCACGCAGCACUCAGUUCGACUGAGCAUGAUGACGCUCACACCGAGUCCUACAGAAAUUCUGAAGUCGCUAUGCAACGAAUUUCUGCCGACGAACGUGUCCGCUAUCUUAUACCUGAUGAACUACGAGAAGUACGGCCGCAGCACUGCCAGUGCUCAAUACUUUCUGCAGCUGGCCGGUUACUUAGGAAUUCCAGUGAUCGCAUGGAAUGCAGAUAACUCGGGAUUGGAGCGAAGAGCUUCGCAGAGUAACCUACAGCUGCAGCUGGCGCCAUCGUUGGAGCACCAAACGGCCGCGAUGCUGAGCAUCCUCGAGAGGUACAAAUGGCAUCAAUUCAGUGUGGUCACAUCGCAGAUUGCCGGACACGACGAUUUCGUGCAGGCGGUCCGUGAAAGGAUCUCCGACAUGCAGGAUACUUUCAAGUUUACUAUAUUGAGCGCGAUACUGGUCACCGAUACACGAGAUCUUCUCGAGUUGGUAAACAGCGAGUCCAGAGUGAUGUUGCUCUACUCGACGAGGGAAGAAGCCAUCACGAUCUUGGGUGCGGCGCACGAUUACAAGAUCACCGGUGAAAAUUACGUGUGGGUCGUGACGCAGAGCGUGAUAGAAAACUUGCAGACGCCUAGCCAGUUUCCAAUUGGAAUGCUUGGAGUACAUUUUGAUACGAGCACGGAACGUCUGGUCAGCGAAAUCACGACCGCGGUAAAAGUUUACGCGUACGGCGCCGAGGAUUUCUUGAACAAUCAGGCAAACAGUCAUCUCAGUCUGAACACCCAGCUCAGCUGCGAGGGAAGCUACGGCGAAUCCCGCUGGAACGCUGGGGAUCUGUUUUUCAAAUAUUUGAAAAACGUGUCUGUGGAGGGUGACCAGGGGAAGCCGAACGUCGAGUUCACCCAGGAUGGCGUUCUGAAAUCAGCCGAACUGAAAAUCAUGAAUCUCCGUCCCGGAUUAAGUAAACAACUCGUUUGGGAGGAGAUCGGCGUGUGGAAAUCCUGGAAGAAGGAAGGUCUGGACAUCAAGGACAUCGUCUGGCCAGGAAAAACCCAUACACCACCGCAAGGAGUGCCAGAGAAGUUUUAUUUGAAAAUAACCUUCUUGGAGGAGCCGCCCUACAUCAAUCUCGCGCCUCCAGAUCCUGUGACCGGAAAAUGUCUGGUGGAUCGUGGUGUUCACUGUCGAGUAGCCAAAGAUUCCGACAUGGAUGAGAUGGACGUUCAAGCGGCACAGAAGAAUGAGAGCUUUUAUCAGUGCUGCAGCGGAUUCUGCAUCGACCUGCUUCAAAAGUUCUCCGAGGAAAUCGGCUUCACUUAUGAGCUUGUUAGAGUCGAAGAUGGGAAAUGGGGCACGCUAGAGAAUGGAAAAUGGAACGGUUUGAUAGCUGAUCUGGUGAAUCGGAAAACGGACAUGGUAAUGACAUCUUUGAUGAUUAAUUCUGAAAGAGAAGCCGUGGUUGAUUUCACGGUACCGUACAUGGAGACUGGUAUCGCCAUUGUUGUGGCUAAGAGGACUGGUAUAAUAUCUCCCACUGCCUUCCUUGAACCAUUCGACACCGCCUCUUGGAUGCUAGUCGGCAUCGUCGCCAUACACGCAGCCACGAUUAUGAUACUGCUGUUCGAAUGGUUGUCACCAUCCGGUUUCAACAUGAAGGUAAACCCUUCAGACGCUGCGCAGAAACCGAAGAAUCCAUCGCCCAAUCAUCGGUUCUCCUUCUGUCGGACGUACUGGCUGGUCUGGGCCGUAUUAUUUCAGGCAGCCGUCCAUAUUGAUUCUCCCAGGGGAUUCACAGCCAGAUUCAUGACGAACGUGUGGGCGCUGUUCGCCGUGGUGUUCCUCGCCAUUUACACUGCCAACCUGGCCGCCUUCAUGAUCACGAGGGAGGAGUUUCACGAGUUCACCGGUGUCGACGAUCAUCGUUUGGCCAAGCCAUGGUCCCACAAGCCUAUGUUCAAGUUUGGUACCAUACCUUGGAGCCACACUGACAGCACCUUGGCAAAAUAUUUCAAAGAGAUGCACGCGUACAUGAAGAAAUUCAACAAGAGCAGCGUAGCUGAAGGAAUCGAGGCGGUCAUCAGCGGAGAAAUGGACGCGUUUAUUUACGACGGAACGGUCUUGGACUAUCUGGUAGCGCAAGAUGAGGACUGCCGAUUGCUAACUGUGGGAUCUUGGUACGCAAUGACCGGGUACGGUCUCGCGUUUUCAAGGAAUUCCAAGUAUCUGCAGAUGUUCAACAAGCGCCUGCUCGACUACAGAGACAACGGAGACUUGGAGCGUCUGAGACGGUACUGGAUGACAGGUACCUGCAAGCCAGGCAAAGAGGUACAAAAAAGUAGCGAUCCCUUGGCGCUGGAACAGUUCUUGUCCGCGUUUCUCUUAUUGAUGAUGGGAAUUCUUCUGGCUGCAGUCUUCCUACUUCUGGAAUAUUUGUAUUUCAAGUAUGUCAGGCAACAUCUGGCGCGAAGUGACCGUGGUGGUUGUUGCGCACUUUUCAGCUUGAGCAUGGGAAAAUCGCUGACAUUCCGCGGAGCAGUCUACGAGGCGCAGGACAUCCUGAGGUAUCAUAGAUGCAGGGAUCCCAUAUGCGAUACGCAUUUGUGGAAGGUGAAACACGAAUUAGACAUGGCGAAGAUCAAGAUACGACAGCUGGAAAAGGAUCUGGAGGCUCACGGAAUAAAACCCAGCCAGGCCAAGAGGAAAACCGGAAGUCUCGGCUGGUGGCGAAGAUGCUUUCAAAGCUCGGAUCGCCAUUCACAAGCGGAGUCAUUGGCGGUGGAAGCUCCGCAUCCGCUACCGCCAUACUUCGAGUCAUUCAUCGAAGCCAUCGAUGUUGCCAGGCCUAGGGACAUGACCAGGAACCACGUGGUCAGCACGGAGUAUAGCGACAAAUUUUUACCUCCACAGAUCUACAGGAUUCCGGACGACGACGCAGCCAGAACGGAAAUCGCCGAGAUGGAGACAGUUCUGUGAUCGUAGAGAAGCGGCCACGAUUGCCCAGCCACGUCAGCGCGAUCAUAAGCGUCCUUAGGGAGCGGUGUAACUCGCUUUCGCCAUUUUGGACAACGAGUUGUUGCCUCGUUGCCUCGUCGAGGCCAUCCCUCGAAUACGAGAAACCCUCGAAGCCGAGCCGUUUCGAGCAGCGAUGGAAAAACACGAGGGGAGAAAUAAUGGAAGAAGACGAGGGAAGAAAUUACCGAAGAAGACGAGGGAAGAAAUUAUCGAAGAAUACAAAAACAAGUCUGGUGCACGGGAAGAACGUUCAGUGCCUAUGAAGAAUAUCGAGAUCACGAUCGUUUUUCUCUCGAUGAACAAACUUUUAACCACGACCACGUUUUCCAAGGUCUGUCUGUCUUCGCCACGAAGAGCCGGAAGUGCGCAGUGUUCAUUCUUGUGAUCGUAUCACAUUGAAAUUCUUGGACGAACACGAUUCGUUUCGAGUCUUUGCUACUGUCCUACGAUAACAUUUCUCUUUUAAAAUAGAAUUUUUGGGGGGUAGAUGAAACUUUUGAAAAAGGACGAUUCACACGUUUCGUUGGAAAGUGUGUCGCUUGAAGGGUAGUUGAAAUAAGGGUUGUAAGCAGAGAAUCGAGUGUAUUUAUGCUAUUUCGAUCGCGUAUAUGACACUGAUUGUUGGUUUCGUUCGAUUGACCUUCUUACGUGAAACGUGCAACGAUUAGUUUAUUUAUUUCCUUCGAUUAUUGAUGUUCUUGUCUGAUACAUACGUCGUGCAGCUUGGAGAGAUUCUUGGAGAAAAUCUGAAAACUCGGAAACUUUUAUUUUUCCAUUUGUUUAGAACUGUUGAAUUCAAGCUUGAAAUUUGCACAUUUAUAUUAAGCGGUAAUAAAUCAUUGUUUUUGAAAUUGACAACUGUUCGUAACAGACGAUCUCUGUAAUGUCAAGAAUUAUUUUUAUUGUAAAACAUAAGCAUGAUAGAAUUGAGGUUUGGAACCAUGAGUGAUGUUUGCAGGCGAUGUUGUGCCUGUUACAGAGACAGGGAGAACGAAACAACACGAACCUGGAUAAAACUGGAAAAAAUAAAGAAACCAAACCACGUAAGUUAUUAUUCAGGCAGCAACAAUACAAUAGGUAGUUAUUGAAAAUUCCUAAGUCUUUUGAGAAUCUCGUUAAAACUUUGUACGAAAUAUCGGCCCUUUUUCCAAAAAUAGGGCGUCGACUUCGAGCCAACAAUUGUUCGUUAAAACGAACGCCAAGGCGAGCAAAAUGCUACGAAAGAACGAAAACGAGGAAAUAAAAACUAUAUAUUAAAAAAGAUGGAAAUAAGAAAAUCUGUCGACAUCUUGAUGGUAAAUUGUCAAUGUGUACCAUACAAGAUAUAACUAUGACAUUUGAGUAUGUCAUAUAUACAUAUAUACAUAUAUAUUUAAUACGUAAUGUACACACGAGCUACUAUUAUACGUUAAGUAUGUAUAUUGUGGUAAAAAGAACAAUGAAAUAUUCUAAAAGAAACUUAUUUCGAGGACGUAAUAUGCUCAACAACAAGAAAAAAAAAAAGUACACGUAAUAAAGAUCCACCACCGAGCGUAACGAUUAAAUAAAAUUGCAUCGAGAAGUGUCAGGUGUCGCGUUUCAAAUCUUUAAUUAAAAAAAGCAGUGAACAGGAUGAUCCAGUGACGAUUAUUAGCUUGGAUAUUUCGACACUUUCUUUAUCGUAACAAUCUUCAUUAACGAAAAGUAUACGAUAGUGAAAAAAUAUUGUACGCUUCGUGAUAGUUUCAUCGGAUGUAUUUUUCUUUCUUUCUUAACAAAAUUAAAAUAGUAUCCAGGGUAUAUUAAUUUGUCAUUGUGUUUUUGGUGUUCUGUACGAUCAACAAUUUGAAGAAUGUUCAAACUGUUUAAAUUGUAAUUAUUACUACGAUUGAAAGCACCGAUAUUAUACUUACACGUUGCUAUUAUACUAAUACGCUUUACUAGUGUGCUAUUAAAAGAAUUAAUUUCUUUGCGAA